AUGCUGUCGAGGGGCAGAGACCAAGGCACAAGCGGCGGCAAGGCGCCCGCCUCGCGUAGUGGCCUGGCCCAGCAACCAUUUCCGCCAAGCAGCCCCGGUGCGCCAAACGGAAACAUUCGAGACCAGUUCAAAAAGCUAGGGCACACGGGCUCGGGCGCAGGUCCCGCGUUGGCGAGGGUCGCACAACCUCCUUCCAAGCCAAUCCACCGUCGGCCUGUAAACAUGAUGCCGGCCAGCAGGGCUGGAUAUGGGGGACAGCUCCAGUCGCUGUGCGGCAACUCGGACUCGUUCAAACAGAAUACGUCUUCCUUGAUCGACCUGACGGCUCCCGAUGCCGAGGCCAAGGCCGCGGUGCCCGUGUGGUUUGCCGAGGACGACUUCAGCGAUGACGAAAACCUUGACCUCGACUAUGAGGCUCCCACGGCCCUACCAGUUCUUCCACCCUCAAAGCCCCUGACCCAAGAAAGCAUGCCGCCGCCCCCUCCCCCCUCCCAUUCAGAGGCGCCGAUUCCGUGGUCGUCCUCUCCUGCAUCUCAUUUGCUCCCUCCAAAAUCACAGCGGCCGCUUUCCGACGGAGCGAGCUUGGCAAACCCAUCAUUCCUCAAGCGCGAAUCAUCCGGCGAGAACGAGGUAUUCGAGAUCCCUGCCCCCAAAAAGGCCAAGAAUCUGUGGGAUACGUCUGCCAGUGCCAUCAAGGAGCAGAAGAAGCAGCUCAAAAGUCAGCGGAAUCAGCGUCUUCCCGGAGGAGACACUUCAACAGAUGAUGCUCGGGAGGCCGAAGCAGCGCUCGCGGCCAAGCCCGUUGCCAUCUCCCUGAGUAGCGAACAGCGACAGGUUCUGGACUUGGUGGUGAACAAAAAAGCGAGUGUUUUCUUCACGGGCCCCGCCGGUGCGGGAAAGUCGGUGCUCAUGAGGGCCAUCAUUAGCGAGCUGAAACAAAAGUAUGCGCGAGAUCCUGAGCGGGUCGCCGUGACAGCAUCGACCGGGCUGGCCGCGUGCAACAUCGGGGGCAUCACUCUUCACAGCUUCUCAGGCAUCGGGCUCGGCAAGGAGGAAGCCCCCGUCCUGGUCAAGAAGGUCAGGCGGAACCCCAAAGCCAAGAACAGAUGGCUCAAGACAAAGUAUCUCAUCAUCGAUGAGAUUUCCAUGGUGGACGGAGAGCUCUUCGACAAGCUCUCGCACGUUGGGCGGGUCAUCCGCAACAACGGCCGGCCGUGGGGCGGCAUCCAGCUUAUCAUUACGGGUGAUUUUUUCCAGCUGCCACCGGUCCCCGACCACGACAGAAAGAGCGAGGGCAUCAAAUUCGCUUUUGAUGCCGCCACGUGGAGCACGUCCAUCGACCACACCAUUGGCCUCACCCAGAUUUUCCGACAACGCGACCCCGAGUUUGCUGCGAUGCUCAACGAGAUGCGCCUGGGCAGAAUCAGCCACAGCACGGUGGAGGCUUUCAAGGCCCUGUCAAGGCCGCUCAAGUUCGACGAUGGGGUCGACUCGGCCGAGCUGUACCCCACGCGAGCUCAGGUCGACGGUUCCAACGAGAGGCGGCUGCGGGAACUGCCCGGGCAAGUUCACCGGUACGAGGCCAUGGACGUAGGAGACCCGGCCAUCAGAGACAAGCUUUUGGGGAACAUGAUGUCGCCCAAGAGCCUGGACUUGAAAGUCAACGCGCAAGUAAUGCUCAUCAAGAACUUGGACGAUACGCUUGUCAACGGGUCGCUGGGCAAGGUCAUUGCCUUUUCGGACGAGAAGACGUUUGAAAUGACGAGCGUAAAUUCCUACGACAGCGAUAUGGACGAUAACAUGGCCAGAGCCAAGAGGAAGCUCAAGGGCUUCAGCCGCGACGCCGACGUGUCCUCGUCCAACGGACGGAAGUUCCCCGUGGUGCAGUUCGUGUCGACUGGCGGCGUGCCGCGCGUGAUUCUGUGCCAGCCGGAGGAGUGGAAGGUGGAGCUCCCCAACGGAGAAGUGCAGGCGAAGCGGACCCAGCUGCCACUGAUUCUCGCGUGGGCGCUGUCGAUCCACAAAGCCCAAGGCCAGACGCUCGAGAGGGUGACGGUCAACCUUGGGCGGGUGUUUGAAAAGGGGCAAGCAUACGUCGCCCUGAGCCGAGCCACGUGCCAGCAGGGGCUGCGGGUGCUGGGCUUUGACAAGUCCAAGGUGAUGGCUCACGCGCGAGUGGUGGAUUUCUACGACAAGCUGUACUCUGUCGAGCAGCUGUCGGCGAGGCCGGGCAACAUUUCGGAUUUUAUCGCAAACAGGAACGGGACGCGGCCCGAGGCCUUGGCGCGGCCCGGCAAAGGCGCUGCCAAGAUCAUCGACCUGGACGACGACGAGGAUGCAAUGGCGUCGUGUGGGUAUUGA